GUAUUUAUAAGGAUAAUUAUUAAAUUAAAUCGUUAUUAACUCUGACUGUUUUCUGAGAACAAUUCUGCAAGUCCCAAAGAGCAAAUCAAGAGAAUGGAUGAAUGUUUCAUUCAUUUUAAUGGUAAGUCAGGCGAAUUGUGUCAAUUAACGGCACAUACAAUCGAUAAAAUAAGUGAAUAUUCUGAAAAGUGGAUUCAUUUGGAUGGGGAACCUAAUAAAAUUGCGUCAAACGUUUCCAAACGAGUCAAACGUUGGUCGCUCGGUCCAGACAGAGAGACAGUGCGAGAAGAAAUUGCAAAUGUGCGUUUUCAUAAGGAAUGCUAUAUUCGUUUCUGUGAUAAAACAAAAGUCGCAAGAGCCGAAAGAAGAAUAAAGAAAAAAACAAAUACUAUUGAUGCAUUCACACAAGGUGAAACGAGCACUCCUGUCACCCACCGGACCUUGUGUGCACCUGUACGGAUAUCACCACGAACAUUGCUUAGUGGUGAUGAAAACAUAGUCAGGCGAAAUAAACAUGUUCUUCCAGAGCAAUGCAUAAUUUGCAAAAGACAAGAGUCAUACAAGGUGGACAAGGCCACUAGAAAACGAAAACUGCAUAAGUUAGUUCUAGCACAAACGUUUGAUGGGGGAAGUACGCUACCACAAGCAUUGUCAUUUGGAUUACUGCAGAUUUUUGUCAAGAAAUGUGACAGAGGAAAAGCUGAUCAAGGAAAAGCAAAUAAUGAGAAUGAGGCUAUUGCAUGA